AUGAGCUCGAAGGAUCUUCUGCGAUUUUUGUCCAAGCCCGCGAAGGCCUUCUCUUCUCAGACGGGCAUCGCCCCCUUGUUCGUCUGGGCUUCGGCUGCUACAAUCAACGGAUAUGGUUCACGUCGGCAUUCCAAGAACUAUACCGCGUCCCCGUCCUCGUUCGGUGGAACUUCUCUGACUAUCAACUAUGACGCGACUCAGGAUCUCGACUCCAGCAAUGCCUUUGAAGGCCCUGAGAAAUUGCUUGAGGUCUGGUUUGCGCCAUCUGCCUCUGAGCUCGGCGACGCAGGCCCCGAGGGUCUGAAGAAGGUACCCAGUGAAAUCUGGAAGGAUAUGCUUGACCUCGUCAACUGCCAGGUACUCUCUAUUGUCUCGUCUGAGGACGUGGACGCCUACCUUUUGUCCGAGUCCAGCAUGUCUCCCUCGUAUCUUAGAGAGAUAGCCGCUCUGUUUGCAGGCUUCCCUCGUGCCACGGCCCCACCGUCUCGUGGCAUCACUGUGGCCGCUGCUCCCUAUCGCGUCUUCUACAGCCGCAAGAACUUCUUGUUCCCCGAUCGUCAGCGUGGCCCUCACCGCAGCUGGCGCGAUGAGGUUCGCAACAUGGACAAGUUGUUCCAAGGCGGCAGUGCCUACAUGAUCGGCAAGAUGAAUGGAGAGCACUGGUACUUGUAUCUGACUGAGCCUCACACUCUGCUCACCCCUCCGGCGAGCCCUUCAGAGGAAGUUAAUUACACCGAGACCGAGACCAAGGUACUCAGCUUGCCUAAGCCUGCUCCUAUUGCCAAUUGUGAUGAGUACGAUGAGACGCUUGAGGUCCUGAUGACUGAUCUGGAAGAGGAGAACGCCAAGCAGUUCUAUCUUGACAAUGCCGCCGCCGUAGCCGAGAAGCGCUACCGCAACUAUGACAAGGAUGAGGGCAUUGAGCAUGUCGAUGUCUUCAGCAACGGCUCAGAUUUGGAUGACCCUGAGGUCCAGGGUGAUCGCACUCUACCGCCGGAGCUGACCACCGAGGGCCACGCUCUGGGAACUGUUGUUUCCGAGGCGUGCGGUCUGUCGGACGUCUACCCUAAGAGCAAAUUCCCGGAUGCUCGUAUUGAUGCGUAUCUGUUCACCCCAUGUGGCUUCUCCGCCAAUGGUGUGGUUCCUUCUCCGGACAGCAGCAAGGCUCCAACCCACUAUUUCACCGUGCACGUCACUCCGGAGCCCCACUGCUCGUACGCAUCAUUCGAGACCAACGUCCCGCAUUCGCAGAACGGGAAGACCACUUCAGACAUCAUCCAGCAAGUCGUGGACAUCUUCAAGCCGGGCCGUUUCAGCAUCACUCUGUUUGAGACCAAGCCUGAACUUGACGAGGCUGAUGCCAACGGUUUCCACGAGGCUCACCAACGCCUGGCCAUGCGUCGCAGUCCUAAGAUGGAGCACAUCGAGGGCUAUCGUCGCAUUGACCGCAUCGUUCACGACCUGAAUGGCUACGAUCUUGUGUUCCGCUACUAUGAGCGCGACGACUGGAAAGGGGGGGCACCUCGGAUUGGAGAGAAGUUCUGA